AUGGACAGUUUUAUUAACGGCAACCAUUACGAUGAUGCAAUGAUCAAUACUGAUGACGAUGAUUUCCUCUCCUAUGAUGAAAUCAUUAAUUAUAAAUCCCAACAACAACAACAAGAACCAUUACACUCCAACUCUUCAGUUGGCUCUGAAGUGUCGGAUGAUGAGUGGUUUUUGAAUAUGGAUCAACCCAUCUCUCCUGUACAGGCUGGAUUAGAAGACUUUAAACAAUUUAGCUCGAGUCCUCCUCCUGCAGAUGAUCAGGCUUGUUUACCUUCUUUUGAUGAUAUUUGCCAACAACUUAAAGGCAACAACAACGCUGCUCAAUCACCUUGUAGUCUCUCAGUUUUCUCAAGUGAUAGUAAUCACUCUCAAGAAUCUGUUUGUAGCUACAAUACAGAUUCUACUCUAAAUAAUAGAAGCAGCAAGUUUGAAACCUCCAAGUUUGUACAAGAAAAGAAGAGAGGUAAGAAGGCAAAGCAAGAAGAAGAGAAAACAGUCAGAAAGAGAGCCAAGAAGGAAGUCAGCAGUAAAAUAUGGCAACACAACAAAUUCUCUGCCAGUGCUUCCUAUGUAGAGAUUAACACUACUACACCACAAGUUAACAUUACUUUUGAAGUGUUUCAGACUAAGAGAAGACAAAAUGCUCCUUUGGAGUCUGAUAAGAAUGACAUUCACAAGAUUUGUGAAAUCUCCUUCCAAAUGUCAAACUUGAACACCACAAAGACUAAUUAUGUAUCUCUGAAAGGUCGUUUGGAUAAAGAGGCGAUCUAUGGUACCGAAAAGGUCACUAAAUUCUACACAUGGAUAAGAUUGAAGGGUACUGAAGAGUAUCUUUUUCUCUAUUGCCAAACUGGAAAGACCACAGAGGUGCAUAAUAUUGUAAAUUAUGAUAAUGGAAGACUCGGCACAAGAUCCGAUCAUCUUUCCAAAUACUCUGGCAAGUGUUCCAACACUGCCCAAGUUAUUAGGUCCAAACCAUACUAG